AGAGAGAGAGAGAGAGAGAGAUUUAAGGAAGGAUGGAGAAUCUAUGGCGAAUCGCGACGGGUCAGGAUCCGAACCGAGGAGAUUACGAAGGGAUCGAGUUCUGGUCCAACCCCGAGCGAUCCGGAUGGCUAACGAAGCAAGGCGAUUACAUAAAAACCUGGCGCAGACGCUGGUUCGUGCUCAAACGAGGGAAGCUCCUCUGGUUCAAGGACCAAGCCUCCGCCGAAACACGCGGAUCUACGCCGCGCGGCGUGAUCUCCGUGGGGGAUUGUCUAACCGUCAAAGGAGCUGAGGACGUGGUGAACAAACCUUUCGCCUUCGAGAUCUCUAGCGGGAGCUACACCUUGUUCUUUUUGGCGGAUAAUGAUAAGGAGAAAGAAGAGUGGAUCAACUCUAUUGGAAGGUCCAUCGUGCAGCACUCGAGAUCGGUUACUGAUUCUGAAGUCCUCGAUUACGAUCACAAGCCUUGAUUUUCUAUUUUUCGUCUUAUAUGCAAAUGUUUUGAUUUUGUCUUGAAUCUCGCUGGGUUUUCCACUCUUGUGUGAUGUAUGUAUGCUACUCAAGUUCAAUAAUCGGAUUGUCUCUUUUGUUAAUGAUUGAUCUUUCUUGAUUGUUGGCAACAAGUUUGUAGACUAUGUGAUUUUGAUGUAUAUUGUUUUUUGUUGACUCAAAAGUAGAAGGAUUUGGUCCCUGCGAUAGCUGAAACUCCUCCAAUGAGAUAGAUUAGUAAGAUAAACGCUCCUAGAACAAGAA